AUGACGAGAUUUAAUACUAACACCCCUUCUAGUACUUUAAUAUUCGAAUAUCCAACUAGUGCAAACUCCCCUAAUUUGAAAACCAUCUUAUCUGCAAUCAAAGGGAUCGGGGCUCAGAGUUAUAACUCAAAUUCUCAUAAUAGUUCAAUUGUGGAAAUCUCCAAAAUCCAUACAAUUUAUAAAUUGAUUAAUGAAAAGAUCACAAUCUAUGCUUUAGUGGAAAACCUAUCAGCUCAGGAAAGUCUAAGUCUCAAAAGUUUGAAUCCAGAUGCUAGCGAUGAUGACGACGAUGAAAACGAUGGUGAAAAUAAGGAAAAUAACGUGUCAAUAAUAAAUCCAAACUUCAUCUUCAGAUUUCUUGAUAGAAUUUUGGAAAUAUUACAAGAUUAUUUUGGACACCCUUUAAAUUCCUUGAAAAUUGAAGCAAAUUAUGAUAUUAUGUGUAACCUUAUGCAAGAAAUUUUGGAAGGUGGAUAUCCAUACAUUACAGAUAAUAAUACCUUGAAAGAUUUAGUCCCAUUCAAAUCUUCAUUAGGAAGUAAAAUCUUACAAACAACAAACCAAUUGGCAAAGAGUUAUUCAUCGUCAUCAUCUCAUAAUUCAUUUGCAAAUCAACCAAGAAAUUCAUCAUCAGAACAAAAAUUACCAUGGAGAAGUUCAAAUGUUAAAUAUACUAAUAAUGAAUUAUUUGUUGAUAUUAAAGAAACAAUCAAUGUUAUCUUGACACCUCAUCAACAGAAAAACAAGAAAACUAGUGGGAAAUCAUCAAAUAUUUACAAUUCUUCAACAUCUUUCCAUCAUCAAAAAUUAAUACCCACUGUUGCAAGAAUUCAUGGUGAAAUUGAUUUUACAUCCCAUCUUAGUGGGGUCCCAGAGAUCUUGUGUUAUUUGAAUUUGAAUGGUCAUUACCUUGGAGUUCCAUCACUUCAUAGAUGUGUACGAACUGAUAAAUGGAUAAAUAAUGAAGGAACAUUAUCAUUUAUACCACCAGAUGGGAAAUCCACUAUAAUGAAUUAUACGAUUGAUUUAGAUUCUUAUCCAACUAAUAAGAUCCAAAGAAAUAUUGGAUUCAUUAAUCCAGAUUUUAAAACUGGAUUAGGUUUGAAGAAAAAUGAAUUUGAAAUUUCAUUAAAUAUAAAUUUUUUCAAAAAUGUUUCAAAAUUGGAAAAUUUAAAGAUUCAAUUAUUUACAAAUCAUGAUUAUACAAUCAAGAUAUUGAGAUUAAGUCAUGGUGAUUUCCAAACAAAAUCAAAUGGUAAAUUUGAAUGGAUCUUUGAUCCAAUAAUUUCAUUAGGUAUAAAUCCAAUAUUACGUGGUAUUGUUGAAAAAACAGAUGAUGAUGAAACUUAUCAAGAUACAGAUGAAAAAACACCAAUAGAUCCUGUAUUUCCUAAAUCAAUUUCAAUUUCAUAUUCAAAUAAAGGUGCAUUACCAAGUGGUAUUAGAGUGGAUUCAUUGAAAAUUACAAGAGGUUUAAAUGAUAUAAAGCCUUAUAAAGGUGUUAAAUACAUUACACAAACUGGUGAAUUUAUUAUACGAUGA